AGGGGGAUGGGCUCACUGCUUUCAUUUAAAAUUAAAAAAAAUGCAGAAGUGAGAAGUUUAGCAGACACCCUCAAAAGGAAAGAGCGAAAAAAUACGCCGAGAAAGACAAGACUCAAAGUAUAAAAAAAGGUAAAGGAGUACAUGCAAUAAUGGCUCCAUGGGCGAGGACCACUACAGAGCGGUAUGGUGUAGUAAAGUGGAAUUUUGUUGGCAAAGGAGAGAAGCACCUUUCGCUGGAGGUGGGAGAUACUGUCCACAUCCAAGAGGCCUGUGAUGGGUGGUACAGAGGCUACUUGUCUAGGAACAAAGCCCAACAGGGCAUGUUCCCUGCCAGUUUUGUCCAUCUUAAGGAGGUCAUCAUUCAAAAGCGAGGAAAUGAGCAACUGGUGAUGUCUGCAGAGAUGCCCUUGGUGAAGGAGGUGACCACCACAUUGAGGGAGUGGGGAAGCAUAUGGAAGCAGCUCUAUGUGGCCAAUAAAGAGAUGCGUGUGAAGCAGGUCCAGAGACUGAUGUGGGAACUCAUGGAGUGGCGUUCCCAGCUCCUCUCUGGCACUCUGCCCAGUGACGAAUUCAAGGAGCUCAAGCAGAAAGUCACGUCCAAAAUUGACUAUGGCAACAAGAUCCUGGAGCUGGACCAGGUUGUUCGAGACGAGAAUGGGAACAUCUUGGACCCCGAGCAGGCUAGUGUCAUCAGUCUGUUUCGGGCCCAUGAGGCGGCCACAGCCAAAAUCAGUGAACGCAUCAAAGAGGAGCAGUCCAACAUCCAAACAGACCACAGUGGGAUCUCAGCACGGAUCCAAUCUUCCCCCACCCACAGCCUCUAUGUCUUUGUCAGGAACUUUGUCUGUCGCAUCGGAGAGGACUCUGAGCUCUUCAUGUCCCUCUAUGACCCCAUCAAACAGACCAUCAUCAGUGAGAACUACUUGGUACGCUGGGGCAGCAAAGGAUUCCCCAAGGAGAUUGACAUGCUAAACAAUUUGAAGGUUGUCUUUACAGACUUGGGGAACAAGGACCUGAGCAGAGAGAAGAUUUAUCUCAUCUGUCAGAUAGUGAGAGUGGGCAGGAUGGACCUGAAAGAGAUGAACAACAAGAAGUGCACUCAGGGUCUCCGGCGGCCGUUUGGGGUGGCAGUGAUGGACAUCAGUGAUAUCAUCAAAGGGAAGAUUGAAUGUGAUGAAGAGAAGCAGUUUUUCAUCCCCUUCUUCCCGGUAGUUGCUGAGAAUGACUUUCUCCACACCUUGCUGAACAAAGUGACAGCAUCACGAGGAGACAGUGGUGGCCAAGGUCUGUGGGUGACCAUGAAGGCUCUGGUUGGGGACAUAGUUCAGAUCCGGAAGGAAUACCCUCACCUGGUGGACCGCAGCACCGUGGUGGCCCGCAAGCUGGGCUUCCCGGAGAUCAUCAUGCCGGGAGAUGUUCGCAAUGACAUCUAUCUCACCUUACAGGGCGGCGACUUCGACAAGUACAACAAGACAACUCAGAAAAACGUGGAGGUCAUCAUGUGGGUCUGUGAUGAGGAGGGCAAGGUCAUACAGAACUCCAUCUGUCUGGGAGCUGGGGAUAAGGCGGUCAGUGAGUACAGAUCCGUCAUCUACUACCAAAUCAAACAGCCCCGCUGGAUGGAGACGUUUAAGGUGGCAGUCCCUCUGGAAGAAAUGCACAGAAUUCAUUUACGCUUUAUGUUCAGACACCGCUCUUCGCAGGAGUCCAAGGACAAGAGCGAGAAGAACUUUGCCAUGGCCUUUGUUCGUCUGAUGAAAGAGGAUGGGACUGUUCUACAGGAUGGACUGCAUGACCUUGUAGUCUUCAAGGGUGACAGCAAGCGCAUGGAAGAUGUGAAUUCCUAUUUGUCGUUGCCCUCGACCCGUUACCACCAUGGCGACCCCCACAAGGUGGCAGCACUGAGCCGCAGCGCCAGCAGUUUGUCUGGGAGUGGAGGAGGCCUGUCAGUCAGCUCUAGAGACAGCUUCAGCAUCUCCACCCUGGUCUGCUCCACCAAACUCACCCAGAAUGUGGGCCUGCUGGGGCUGCUCAAGUGGAGGACUCGACCUGAACUCCUCAGAGAAAACCUGGAGAAACUCAAAAUCAUUGAUGGAGAGGAGGUGGUCAAGUUUCUGCAGGACACCCUGGAUGCCUUGUUCAACAUUAUGAUGGAGCACUCUCAGACUGAUGACUACGACAUCCUCGUGUUUGAUGCCUUGAUAUACAUCAUUGGUCUGAUUGCUGACAGAAAGUUCCAGCACUUCAAUACAGUGUUGGAGGCCUACAUCAAGCAGCAUUUUAGUGCUACAUUGGCAUACAAAAAGCUGAUGUUGGUGUUGAAGAGGUACCUGGAUGUGUCCAGCCGAGGGGAACAGUGCGAGCCCAUCCUCCGAACCCUCAAAGCCCUUGAGUACAUCUUCAAGUUCAUCGUCCGCUCGCGCAUGCUCUACUCCCAGCUAUACGAGGGGAAAGAGCAGGCGGAGUUUGAAGAGUCACUGAGGAGGCUUUUUGAGUCCAUUAACAACCUGAUGAGAACUGACUACACCACCACUCUGCUGCUCAGGGUUGCUGCUCUGAAGUAUCUGCCAACAGUCCUGCAUGACGUUGAGAAAGUGUUUGAUGCCAAGCUCCUCAGUCAGUUGCUGCAUGACUUUUAUUCCUGCAUCCCCCCUGAGAAACUGCAGAAACAGAAGGUGGCCUCCAUGACUGAAAUUGUCGGCAGCCAACUGUUCAAGAGACAAGAGUGCCGUGAUGUGUUGUUACCCAUGAUGCUGCGGGAAUUAAGCGGGGCACUGGCCAGCAUGGCUGACGGGCCUCAUGAUGAAAGAAGAAAUAGUCUGGAGCUGCUCAACAACAUUCUGGAGGUCCUCAGCAGGGACACUGUGGGGGAAACAUUUCAACAUAUCCAGGACAUUGUGGUGUCUCUCCUGAGGAUCAUCAACCAGACAGUCAUCACAAUGGGACGUGAGCAUGCUCUGAUUUCCAGGGUCGUGGCCUGCAUGACAGCUAUCCUCAGUCAGAUGGAUGAUCGUCACUAUGCUACAUACAUAGAAACCUUCACUGGAACCACGGAUCUAGUGGACUUCCUGAUGGAGUCCUUCCUACUUUUCAAGGAUCUGAUUGGAAAGCAUGUGUAUCCCUCUGACUGGAUGGCCAUGAUCAUGGUACAGAACAGAGUGUUCCUAAGAGCCAUCAAUACCUAUGCCGACACCAUGAACCAAAAGUUCCUCAAUAAUGAUGACUUUGAAGUACAGUUAUGGAAUAACUACUUCCACUUGGCGGUGGCGUUUAUUACCCAGGAGUCUCUGCAGCUUCAGCAUUUCUCGCCAACCAAGAGGAACAAGAUUCUGGCCAAAUAUGGAGAUAUGAGAAGACUCAUUGGCUUUGCUAUACGCGACAUCUGGUACAAACUAGGCAGUCAUAAGAUCUGUUUCAUCCCGGGCAUGGUGGGUCCCAUCCUGGAGAUGACUCUGAUCCCAGAGGAGGAGUUGAGAAGGGCCACCAUUCCCAUAUUCUUCGACAUGAUCACCUGUGAACAUGCACAUUCUGGAAACUUCCACAAGUUUGAGAAUGAGAUCAUUCUGAAGUUGGACCAUGAAGUGGAGGGUGGAGGAGGCGACGAGCGAUAUAUGCAACUACUGGAGACAAUCCUCCUGGACUGUGCUGCUGAGAAACCCACGCUGAGGCCACAGGUGCAGCACUUUGUCGCCUUGGUGAAGGGACUCCUCAUUCGUCUCCUAGACUACCGCACCGUGAUGAGCGAUGACAGCCGCAACAACCGCAUGAGUUGCACCGUCAAUCUUCUGAACUUCUACAAGGACAUCAAUCGUGAAGGAAUGUAUAUCAGGUACCUCUAUAAGUUGAGAGACCUUCACCUGGAGGGUGAAAAUUACACAGAGGCAGCAUACACACUGCUGCUCCACUCCCGCCUACUCAAGUGGUCAGAUGAGAUGUGCAGCCCCCAGUUUGAGUUCCAUGGCUCCCAAACCCAGCGACAGCUCAAAGAAACACUCUAUGACACCAUCAUUGACUACUUUGACAAGGGCAAGAUGUGGGAAGAAGCCAUCACUCUCUGUAAGGAACUAGCUGAACAGUAUGAAAAUGAGAUCUUUGACUACGAGCUACUCAGCAAGAGACUGGAGAAACAAGCCAAGUUCUAUGAGAACAUUAUGAAGAUCUUGAGGCCUAAGCCAGACUACUUUGCAGUGGGCUACUAUGGACAGGGCUACCCUCCAUUCCUCAGGAACAAGGUGUUUAUCCACCGCGGUAAGGAGUAUGAGCGCAGAGAGGACUUCCAGAACCAGCUGAUGAGCCAGUUCCCUAGCGCUGUGCGCCUCAACACCACCACUAUGCCAGGGGAUGAUAUCAGGAACUCUCCACUUCAGUAUAUCCAGUGUUUCACAGUGCAGCCAGUCCUCGAGAUCCCUCCUCGCCUGAAGAACAAACCUGUCCCUGACCAGAUUAUCAACUUCUACAAGUCCAACUACGUGCAGCGUUUUCACUAUUCCAGACCUGUGAGGAAAGGACCUGUGGACCCAAACAAUGAGUUUACUUCUAUGUGGAUUGAACGUACAACCUUCACCACUGUGUAUAAGCUACCAGGGAUCCUACGCUGGUUCGAAGCUACUGACUUGAAACAUACUACCUUGUCUCCAUUGGAGAAUGCCAUAGAGACCAUGGAGUGCACCAAUGAAAAGAUUCUGACCAUGAUUAACCAAUAUCAGGCUGACUGGAGCCUUCCCAUCAAUCCCCUCUCCAUGCUGCUCAAUGGCAUCGUGGACCCAGCUGUCAUGGGCGGCUUUGCCAAGUAUGAAAAGGCGUUCUUUACCGAAGAGUACACUCAGCAGCACCUAGAGGACAAAGAUAAACUGCUGCGCCUCAAAGACCUCAUCGCAUGGCAGAUCCCAUUACUAGGUGGAGGACUCUCCCUCCACGGGAAGAGAGUGACCGAUGACCUGCGUCCGUUCCAUGAGCGGAUGGAGGAGUGUUUCAAACAGCUGAAAAAGAAAGUAGAGAAGGAGUACGGAGUGAGAGAGCUGCCGGACAUGGAUGAAAGGAAGUCCACUCGUCCUCGCUCCAUGCUCCGCUCCAUUCGGCAGUCCAUCAUCUCAAUCUCCUCACUGCAGGGAUCUGAAUGUGGGACUCCUACCAAACCCCAAGCAGACAGGGACAUUCCCCCUGAGUCCCCGAUCUCCUGGACCUCCACCCUGCAGCACUCCAGCGGCAGCGUGAGUGUAAGUACGGUGGAGGAGGGGGUGGUGACAGUGGGCGAUACAGAGGUAAAAAUGAGGAAGAGUAAGAAGAAGAAGAAGAGGAGCAGCAUGAUCUUCAUUACAGAGGAGAGAGAGAGGACGAACACACUGGACUGCAAACGGCUGUCCAAGAAACAAGAGUUCCGCAGUGACACCAACUUGUCAGAGCCAAAUGAAGGAAAUGUGAUGUUGACCAAUGCCAACUCCAGAUCCAUGCCUGCCAUCACAGGUCUGUCCUUGGCGGUGGUGGGGGGCGCAGAGGAGGUGGACGGCACGAGAACCAGGAGGGACAGUAAGAGCAUGUCUGUCUGUGUGGCCUCUGACCGAACAGCAGACAGACGCUCCAAGGGCGUCAUGAACCUCCUCUUCAAGUCAAAGAGCUCCAAAUCAGAGGAUGUGAAGCUGAAGACAGCCGAAGACAGUAACAGUCAUUUCUGAAAUCCAUUAUUUUAAUUUCUUCUUCUUUUUUAAACUUUUUAUAUGCAUUUGUUUUAAAAACAGAUUCACAUAAAACUGCAGCCAAAACCAAAAUUAUGCACCUACUCACUCAGUCUGCCUGUCAGUCUCAGUAAUGCUGUUGGCUUAAUAUAAUUGAUUUUACCUAUCAAUAAAGGCUAUUUUUGUUGAGUGACCUUUUUCCUGGUAAUUCAAAUGAUUCCCAGUGAAGCUAAAUGCCAUCUUACAGCUUUUCAAUCAAUUCUGAUUCUACAAGAAUGAGCAAACACAAGCCAUCCUGCCAACGUGCUUGAUUAAAAAGCUCCUUAUUAUACGGUUUGCAGCAUUGUUGUGACUUACUGAAGAUAAUGGGAAAAUAAUAAUUUGAUAAAGUACCAAGGUUACCGUGUCCUCACGUGUCCCGACUUUAAACAGAAACAUGCUGCCAAAAAGAUUUGGCACUGGUACAACAAAGAAAAAAGUCUAAUAAAUUCACAUAUAACAUAACUGAUAAGGGAGCCUACUGUACAAAAUGCUACAACAUCACACAUGUUGUGUGUGCAAACAGAGUUUAUACUACAUUUUUAGUAUGUUUAUUGUUCAUGAUGUGGUCACGACUGGUUUUAUUAAAAAAAAACAAAAAAAAACAAAACAAAACGUGAAGCUUAAAAUAAUAGUUUAACAUUUUGGGAAAUACGUGUUUUGGCUGAGAAAUGACAACAUUGACACUACUUCCAUGUCUGUACUCUAAAAAUGAGGGUACAGCCUGGAGCCAAUUAGAUUAGCCUAGCAUAAAGCCUGGAAGCUCUUUUAACACAACUAAGGAGA